GAUUGUGACGCCGGGUUGCUAUAGGAAUCUUAAACGCUCGUGCAGUGUCCCGGUAAGUUGUCAAACAGUGAUACGAAGUGUAAAAAAUAGUUUUUGAAGUUUUGGGAAAGUGAAUAACCAAAUACAGACAUGGCACGGAACUAUCCUGCCAAUACACAAGUCCAGAAAUUUUUGGAGGAGUCUUAUAACAAAGAAAGAGACACCAGACUUCAGUGGUAUUACAAAUUAAGGGAAAAUUCGGGAGCCAACAUUGGUGCUUCAAAACAAUCUGAAGUUGCAAGAAGAAAAAUACAAAAUGCUCCAAAACCGGCCGAGGACAUGUUCAACAAAAUAUCAGGUGAUUAUGCUCCACAACAAUUCAACAAAAAGAAGUCGAACUUUGAAGAUUUACAAAACGAAAAAUCAGAAAAAGGACUUGCGCAACUUGUUGCAGAAAUGCGGCCUGUGGAUUUGAGAGUAAAGGAAAAGUUAUACGACGGAUUUACAAAGGAAGGAAAAGGACGAUAUCAAUAUCUACAUUCAAGGUACAAGGACAGUCCUGAAGAUAAGUUUUCUUUCCCACUUCUUAGUUCUUGGGAAUACGGUUGGAGACUUGGGGAUGUCAUUCCAAAAGAAGACAUUAAAAAACCUCAGCACGGGCGUACAAAAAUUGUAGCAGACACUUUUUAUACCCGAACAGGAAUACCUGCCAAUCCACGUGUAAGUGUAUAAACCCGAUUUGAAGGCGAAAAUUUUAAAAGAAACCAUUCCGCAUUUCAAUAACUGUGAUUCUUUUGUAAAGUCAAACUCUUGUUGCCUAGUGCAUAUUUCACAAUAAUAACAAUCAGAGUAAUUACACUCAAUUGUCAUGUAGAAAUAAUUAAAUGGUUAUGGAUUUUAA